UGCACCACCAUCUCUGCUCCCAUCUCUGCUCCCAGCUCGCCCUGGUCCCCUCUCAGUUCCGAGGGCCAAGUUACAGAGUCCUUGCGGCUUUCCCGUCUGCCUGCCCGGCCUCCUUUCCCCUCACUCUGUCCAUCGCAGCCACGUCGGACUCCGGCCGCCCGAGACCAUUGCAGGCGCGUCCUUGCCUCUCGGCCUCUGCCCUUGCUCCCCCUGUGUGGUGCUGUGCUUCCCCAGACAUCCACACCCUUUCAGGCCUCUAGUCCAAUGUCACCUUCUCAGGGAGACCCUCCCUGUCCUCUGGAACGUAGCUCUCAUGAAGGCAGCAACUUCUUUGUAAAAAACUGGUUUUGUCGCUUGUUCAGUGCUGGGUCCCAGCACUUAGAAUCGUGUCUGCAGGGUUAUCAGCCUUUUUCCUUUUUUUUUUUCUUGUACAAAGUUAGAACUUCACUGGAGAGACAAAAACUACAACACAAACUGCUUUUUUUUUUUUCUAUCAACAAAAUAUUACAAUUAGCUUGUUUGUGAAACAGUUUUGUCAAUACAUUACAUUUUUCAGCAUGUCAGAAUUUUCAGAUCAAUUUUACAGAUUCAUAUUUAAGGCUGACAACAACCCAGUGGGGUAGGUGGUGGAAUCAAAAUUUUGUGGAAAAGCAAGUUGAGGCUCAGAGUUGUUUUGUUCAAAGAACAGCUGCUGAGUGGAAAGCUGCCCUUCAGACCUGCCUUUUUUCAUUCCAAGUAAAAGGCUCCUGUUUUCUCCUUUAGAAACAUUUUAAAAUGACAGAAACACGGUGGUGGUAGUGGCGGUAGUGGUGGGGGUGUCUUACUAGAAAGUCUGGUGAAUGUGCCCUGAUUUCUUGUUCUGGGUUUAGUCUGCCCUUUGUUUUGAAAGCACAUAAAAUAAAUGGUUAACUUUUAAAUUCCUGACAAUGACAGAGCAACAAGUUUUAUUUCUCUCACCUGUGGAGGAAAUGGCCUCCACCCAGUUUUACUGAAUUAGGAGGGAAGUGAUUUUUUCAAGUGAUAAAAAGAAAUAAAAUUCCAUGCUCUUCCCAGAGGAGGAGUUCAACAAUUGGGAGAAUGGCGUGAGACCAUAUGUUGGUUUGUGAAAGGAUAUAACUUGUAAAGAUGUUUCCUUUGAUGCCUGUGAUGAAUAUGGAUGUGUUUCCCUUCUAGAGGGUCCUGAUUAAAUUAUUCAAUUAAGAGCUGAGCUGAAGGAUCUAAAUAUAGGGAGAGGGUUCGGGCUGGCCCGUCUGGUGGAUGUCAGCUCACGACUGCAGAUGUGCGUGUUUGUUGUCAUAAACAGCACCUGCAAGAUCAGUGGCCAGGAGUAUGUUCCAAAAAACGAAGCACGGCGAGAUUUUCUUUUUUUAAUAAAAGGGACAGAUUUUUUUUCUCCUCCUCUGGCCUAUUCCGUUUUCAUCUGUGAAUUUGGCAUUUGAAUUACUUAUUUUUUUUAACUCAAUUCACUUUAAGUAUCCGUUCUGGUUUAAAGGGUAGAUCUACCACUUAUUAGACUAUGAUCUUGAAAAGGUUCCUUCACCUCUGAUCCUCAGGUUUAUUAGUCAAAUUGAAACAGUGAUACAUAUCUUCAAAGAUUAAGUGUUUGUAAAAACUACCAAGGUAAUAGCUCAAUUAAAAGAAUUGCAUUUGUUAAUGAUUGUGUCAUUCAUAACUGAUCACUUAUGAAAAUUUACUACAUUUAGCUUUCUUUGCCAUUCAUCAAAUUGCUACUCUAUGGUAACAGUGGCUCAAAGAGAAGAGGUUUUUUUGUUUUUUGUUUUUUUUCUGAGACAACAAUGGUAGACUUUUUUCUCUUGUCAAUAAAAUUAACUUUUAAAAUGCCUCUAGUCUUCAGUCUCCUGUGUUUGAGGAGUAAGCACUUGCAAAUCAAAUGACUAUACAAUUUUUUUUUUUGGCCACCCUGCAGCAUAUGGCAGUUCCUGGGGCAGGGAUGGAAUCUGAGCCGCAGCUCCCAUCUAUGCCCCAGCUGUGUCAAUGACAGAUCCCUAACCCACUGCGCCAGGCCAGGGAUCGAACCGGCACCAUCGUCACAGAGACAACGCCAGAUCUUUUAACCCACUGCACCACAGUGGGAACUCCAGCUCUGUGCAGUUUUUGAGCUGAGGUGAAUACAGAUGAGAUCUAUCAGUGUGAGGUGAUCAGGACCUGGAUAUCUGGAAAGGCUGCCACGUACCAGAGGACAGUUUUCUAUUACAAGCAUGAAUUUGAGAACGGGGAUUCAGGGGGAUUAAAGAAUGUCCUACCAGUUUUAGAGGAAGUGGCAAAGAGAUGUAGAAAUAAGCCAGGUUUGUUGAAAUCAAGGAUAGUACGAAAACUUUUAAAUGUCUUCAGUCUAACUAAACACGUCAUCAUCUGGUGAAACAAAACAGAACUGAUACUUUGCUAUUCCACAGGCAAGGAGUCUCUGUGACUAAGAAAAAUUAACCAGGUAAGCAGCCUGGAUUUGUCAGGAUUGAAGGACUUGCAUUUGCAGAGCGGAAGCAGAAAGGUUCUUGUCUUGAAGAAUUUUCUAAUAAACAUAUAGUGAAUAGCAUACUUGGCACGACUAAAUGUAUCAACUACAGUCCUGUCCUUAGAGAUUCAUCUACGUGUGACAUCCAUAAAUCCCUUGCCUGUCAUCAAGGGGACGCUACUUUUGAAAUCUUGGCUGAAAUGUCACAGCUUGCCAUGAACUCCCAAGGGGUAGGUGGCAGUCUGGUUCAGUGUUAUUCCUUUUCUUUGUGACUUCUGAGAGUCCCACUCACUUAACACUCUGUUGAGAGACCACAGAGCGGCAGCUUUUGCGAGCAUGUCUCCUAGGUCACACCUGAGCUUGGAAGACCAGCUGCUAGUGCCUGUGUUUUAAAUGUACUAGUACCUAAAUAACCACAUUACGGGGGGAAAAAAAUCGGCUUUCAAGAGCUGAUAAUCUCUUCCACAUUCAGCCCCCAGUUUCUCCAGAUUUGGAAAAUGAAUCUCUGAAAAAAAAUUUUUAACGAAAAAAUGUCAAACUAUUCUGUGUCAUCAAUCACACAUGAAAGUUGGGAAAUGUUUAUGGGUAACCAAAACAAGGCUCAAUAGUAAGAGGCUCAGGCAAGUGAAAUCUGACUUCUGGGUGUUUGUGACAGCAGGACUUUGCUGCUGCUUUGAUCCAAGACUAGCAGAAUUCUUUUGUGAUCGUCAGUGGAUCUACGUAUCGCUUUCUUCUAGAGGCAUCUUUUAGGUUUUCUUUUUCUGAGGACUCAGUCAAAGUAAAGUUCCUUUUAGCCUAGUUUCUCAGCAAAGAGGUAGGUAGUUUAGAAAGUGCUUUCAAAUCUGUAAAAGAAAUGGAGAGAGGUUUUCUUCAUCUUCACUUUCUUUUUUUCUAGGUUUUUUUUUUUUCUCCUUUAGUUUGGUUUGUGGUGAGCUUUAUGUAGCUACAUUUGACCCAUUUGAAAUUGAGAAACGUUGAAUGUAAGUUGAGGGCUCACUGCUUUGUUUUUUUUUGCAACAGAAAAGAGAGAUGCAGAAGCACUUCACUGGUUUCUCCUACCAGACAGAUGUCACAAAAGCAAAGUGCUGACGCCGUGUCACUUUUGGAAACCCUAGGAAUGGUCAUUACCACUCUUCAGACCCUCACCGCAAAGAAGCUGAGGCGACUCCUAUGUAAAUAAAGUGAAACCUCCUCGGCUGCCUUCUCGCACGUGGGGACACCUUUGUUUCUCCGUCCACGAGGGGUGUACCCGGUGCCGUCAUGAAUGUGACAAGUUUGUUUUCCUUCACGAGUCCAGCUGUCAAGAGACUUCUGGGGUGGAAACAGGGCGAUGAAGAAGAAAAAUGGGCAGAGAAGGCUGUUGACGCUCUGGUGAAAAAACUGAAGAAAAAGAAAGGUGCCAUGGAGGAGCUGGAAAAGGCCUUGAGCUGCCCGGGGCAGCCCAGUAACUGCGUCACCAUUCCCCGCUCCCUGGACGGCAGGCUGCAGGUCUCCCACCGGAAGGGGCUGCCUCACGUCAUCUACUGCCGCGUGUGGCGCUGGCCGGACCUCCAGAGCCACCACGAACUGAAACCCCUGGAGUGCUGCGAGUUUCCUUUUGGUUCCAAGCAGAAAGAGGUGUGCAUCAACCCCUACCACUACAAGCGAGUGGAGAGUCCCGUUCUUCCUCCAGUCCUGGUUCCGAGACACAGCGAAUAUAACCCUCAGCACAGCCUCUUAGCUCAGUUCCGUAACUUAGGACAAAAUGAGCCUCACAUGCCACUCAAUGCCACUUUCCCGGAUUCUUUCCAGCAACCCAACAGCCAUCCGUUUCCUCAUUCUCCCAACAGCAGCUACCCAAACUCUCCUGGAAGCAGCAGUAGCACCUACCCUCACUCUCCGACCAGCUCAGACCCAGGAAGCCCCUUUCAGAUGCCAGCUGAUACACCCCCACCUGCUUACCUGCCUCCUGAGGACCCCAUGACCCAGGAUGGCUCCCAGCCCAUGGACACAAACAUGAUGGCACCUGCACUGCCCUCAGAAAUCAACAGAGGAGAUGUCCAAGCUGUUGCUUAUGAGGAACCCAAACACUGGUGCUCUAUUGUCUACUAUGAGCUCAAUAACCGUGUGGGCGAGGCGUUCCAUGCCUCCUCCACGAGCGUGUUGGUGGAUGGUUUCACCGAUCCUUCCAACAACAAGAACCGUUUCUGCCUUGGGCUGCUCUCCAACGUCAACCGGAAUUCCACUAUUGAAAACACGAGGCGGCAUAUCGGGAAAGGUGUUCAUCUCUAUUAUGUCGGAGGUGAGGUGUAUGCCGAAUGCCUCAGUGACAGUAGUAUCUUUGUGCAAAGUCGGAACUGCAACUACCAUCACGGAUUUCAUCCUACUACUGUUUGCAAGAUCCCUAGUGGGUGUAGUUUGAAAAUUUUUAAUAAUCAAGAAUUUGCUCAGUUACUGGCACAGUCCGUAAACCAUGGCUUCGAGACAGUCUACGAGCUCACGAAAAUGUGUACCAUUCGCAUGAGCUUUGUGAAGGGCUGGGGAGCAGAAUACCACCGCCAGGAUGUCACUAGCACCCCCUGCUGGAUUGAGAUCCAUCUGCACGGCCCCCUCCAGUGGCUGGAUAAAGUUCUUACUCAAAUGGGUUCACCUCACAAUCCUAUUUCGUCUGUGUCUUAAGCGGCCUGGGCUUCUGCCUCUUGAAAACUAUUGAGCCUUGCAUGUACUUGAAGGAUGGAUGAGUCAGACACCAUCUGAACUCACAAAGGAGCCUUGAUAAUACUUGACCUCUGUGACCAACUGAUGGAUUCAGAAAUUUGAAAACCUUGGUAACAUACUGUUGAUAUUGAGAACCUGUUUAGUUUACAUGGUAACAUUCUAUGGUAAAAUCAACUAAAAUGCAUACUUUUAGCAGGACUUCGUGUAUAGUUAAAGAAGAGAUGGCCAAGCCAGGGACAAAUCAUCUGUUGGAAAAA